AACCCUGUUGAGCUCAACAGGAGCUCAGCUGAGACAGAGUGGUGAAUGUGUCUCAGCUGAAGCCCUUUAUCAGGCCUAUGUUGAGAGCUGAACCGAAGUUGGAUUCGGAGGGGUCUGUUGCUGACCACCAGUAUGCCCUCUCUGGUGCGAAAUACGCAAAGGAUCUACAUCCGAUUCAAGACAAGCUGCUCAGCUAUGUGCUAGACCACAAUAGGCCUGGAGCAGAGGUCAUUGUGAAGGAGGGUGAUGUGUGCCUGACCAGAGAGGACUUUUGGAGCCUGGGUCUUCCUCAGUGCAUGGAGUCAAAUAUUGGAAACACGUGCCUGAAGAUGGUACAAGAAGCCACCCAAAGACAUGGCAAAGAUAUAUACAUCGUGGAUAUGUAUGUGGUUCCUACCUGGAAGUCCAAAACAGCUGACGUGUUGGCCAGUUUUCCAGCUGACCAAUUUGGCCACCAAGGACAUGGUUUUCAUCCCUGCCUGGAGUCGGCAGCAAGGAAAGGCAGAUCACUAUUUGCUUUGCGUGAGUCUGUUCCAAAUGAUCUCACCAGCAUUGACCUAGCGCACCGCAUUGCUCCAGGUCAGUGGACAGUAAAGUUCGGCAGAGACGUCAAGGGUUUGCCUCACCAAACCACGGGCAAUGACUGUGGUGUCUUCAUACUGAUGUAUGCACUCAACUUCAGCACAGAUGCUCCACUUUGGUUUACCGAGCCACGGACAGAGGUUUCUUACUGGACCAAUGAGGCCGAAGAGCUGCUCAAAGGGGCACUGGAGCCAGUGUACAGGGUCUCAAAGAAGCAAAAGACAGAACAUGAGGUCCAGUUUCAAAAGUCCGACAUGUGCUUCAUAUUGGAGCUGCCAAACUGUCUUCUCUCGGACCUUCUGAUGGAAGUGGUUCUCCAGGAAGGUGACAAAGCGUACUCAUCACUCACUCUAGUGUGUACCACCUUCAGAGACACAAUGUCCACUGUGUCUUUCAGAAGAGGGGCCCACUUUCGCUGGCUUGAGAGUGUUGCUACAUGGAGUUUGUUCUCUGCUUCAUACAAGCAGGAUUUCAACGUCAUGUACACCAUUGACACCUGCCGUGGAUGCUUGGAGCCUUACAAAAACUGCAAACCAGGAUAUGUUGGGAAAGGUAAAAGAGGAGAAUUGCAGGGCAUCUACUCUGAUGACCAACAUCCAGGCUAUUGCAGUCCCUUCUGCAACCAGAUAUCAUAGGUAAAGAUUAACUCACACAAACAAAUGUCAGAAUAGACUAAAUUGUCACUGCAAUUAAUGAAGAUCAUCCUUUGAUAUCUUACCUUCAAGUUUGGUUUUCCCGGACGCU